AUGAAGAUUGAAAACCGCACGUUUCUCAUUUCCGGAGGAGCCUCCGGCCUGGGCAAAGCAUGCGCUCUUGAACUCAUCAAGAACGGCGCCAAUGUUGCCAUCCUUGACAUGAAUGAAGAUGGCCAUGAACUUGUCAAAGAAGUUGGGUCAUCUGCCAAAUUCUUCGUGUGCGAUGUUUUGAACACGGAGAGUAUCACAAAGGCUGUUCAAGGCACAGCCGAGUGGGCCAAGGCUUCAAACAAGCCGAUUGGAGGUGUCAUACCUGCUGCGGGAGUCUCGACUCCGGCCACGAUCCUUGAUCGAGAUGGCGCCGCCUUCAGCCUUGACGACGUCGACUUCGUCCUGGGCGUCAACCUGCGCGGGACUCUGGACCUUGUCCGCCAGGGCGUGGCUGAAAUCGCCAAAACAGAGGAGGGACCGGACGGAGAGCGCGGCAUUGUCAUCAUGGUGGCCAGUUCCGCCGCCUUCGACGGCCAAAAGGGUCAGAUCUCAUACUCGGCCAGCAAGGGCGCCGUUGCCGCCAUGACCUUGCCCAUGGCGCGAGAUCUUGCGCGCUUCGGUAUUCGCGUCGUGACGAUUGCGCCCUCGCUGUUUGAGACGAGAAUGACUAGCAUGAUGAGCGGGAAGGUGAGGAAGUCGCUGGAGGCCACAUUUGAAUUCCCCAAGAGGUCGGGGCAGCCGGAGGAGUUUGCAGGGCUGGUGAAGCACUCGAUUGAGAAUGUUAUGCUUAAUGGCACUGUCAUCAGGUUGGACGGUGGUUCGAGGCCGAGUAAGAUUUAA